CACGCGCACACACCACGCUUCUCUCUCUCACCCCCUGCCUUCAACUGGCAGGCAAAGGGCACUCCCAGCACAUCAUCGCCCGUUCGUCCUGCUCCUGCAGGCAACCUGUCGGAUCGCGUGGGAGGCUGCCACUGAAAACAAACAAGAGGAGGGGGGGGAAGAAGACGAAGCAGCAGCAGCAGCAGGAGGAGGAGGUGGUGUUGGGAGGGGAAUAGGGUACGAGCAGGAUAACGACUGCUCCUCCAUCACCACCACCCCCAGGUCGCCCUCCAACUCGUCCCCCCCACCACCACCCCCGGCGUGCCAGCAGUGCGGGCGGGGGUGCCUUUGAGCGAUUCGGCCGUGCGCGCACAGCAGCAUCAGCAGCAUCAGGAACAACAGCAGCAGCAGCAUCAGGAACAGCAGCAGCAGCAGCAUCAGGAACAGCAGCAGCAGCGACGGUGGCGGCAGUAGCAGAGGCCCACGGCUCUCCCUGGCCCGGCCACCGCGCCGCGCGCAUCUCCUCCCAACCUCCCGCGAUCCGUGUGAUCUGCGCCGCUGUACUGACCGCACGCCGUCUCCCUUGGGAUCGAUGAAAAAUGAAGCGAUGGUUUCCAGCGGAGAAACUUUGCAGGGGCCAUCAGCCGAGAUGUCAACUCAUCAAACUUUCCACGGGGAUUUAGCAGAAGCCUCCUGAACAAGGAGGGGGAGGGGGGGCGCGGGAGGAGUAGGUGUGAGUGUGGGGAAUAAAACAAACCACAACGCGACGGAGCACAAGCUGUUAAGAUUUCAGCAACAACAACAAGAAAAAAAUCGCUGGCGAAAAAAAAAAUCCUGAAUAAUAAUAAUGAACCGGAUUCCAUCUCCGAAGGCGCAGACGGCACACGGGGACGCCGAUCGCCCGCGUGGACUCGCCCGCACGUGCGGAGGAGGAGACGGGCACUCCGUGCAGCCAACGUGCAUCGCCAUCUGUCCCACCACUCGGUCUGCCGCGUGCCAGCAGAGCGACACCGUGCUCACGGAGCUGUCGGUGAUGGAGGACGGCGACUGGGCCUUGGCUCGCGGCGGCCACGAGGAGCUGCGGCUGCGCGAGCUGGAGGAGGCGCGCACGCGGGCGCUGCAGCUGGAGAAGACCAUGCGCUGGUGGUCAGACUGCACGGCGAGCUGGCGCGAGAAGUGGGCCAAGGUGCGCGCCGAGCGCAACCGCGCGCGCGAGGAGGCGCGCGCGCUGCGCGAGCGGCUCGAGGGGGCGACGGCCGAGCUGGCGGAGGCGCGGCGCGAGAGGCGCGGGGUGAGCGCCGACAGCGCCCGGACCCUCCGAGCCGAGACGGAACGACGGGGUGCGGGCGAGGAGGGUGACGAGGAGGACGCGCGUGACAGGAAAGAUGUCGACGAUGAGGAUGACGAAGAAGGGGAACGGCAACAGGAAGAUCUGAAUGCCGACGACGAUGAUGAUCGUGAGGCGGGUGAUGCUGAGAGAGAGCCCGGAGACGUUAACAGAGCUGGCAAGGAGGUGGAGAGGAUGAGCAGCCCGGAGCAGGAGCCUGUUCGAGACACGGAGCCAGGCAAACGCCCGGUGGCGCUACCCAGCAGCAAGGACACGAUGCUCAUCGAGGAGGCUCCGGGAGGAGGUGGCGGCGGCGGCGGUACGGGGAGCCCGGCGGAGCCGCGGGAGAAGCGGCGCGACGCGGGGAACUACCGGCGUCGCGCCGGGCCGGCGGGGCGCUGCCAGGAGGCGGCGGUGGCCUCGGCCGUGGAGGAGGAGCUGGCCAGGGCCACGGUGCUGCGGCUGCGCCUCGACGAGUCCCUGAAGACGCUGCUCAAGGAGCGCGAAGACAAGUCUGAGCUCACGAAGACGAUAGAAAAGUUGGAGGCCGAGGUGUUGCAGUGGAGGCUCAAAAACGAGGAGCUCAACAAGUCCAAACAGGAGGCUCUCAAGCAGCUGGCACUGCUGAGAGAGGCCCAUGAGGCGGAGCUGGGUAGGAUGACAGAGGAUCUUGAGGAUCAGGUCGGCGCCCACUCCUCCAUGGACAAGAAACUCUCAGAUAUGAGGGCUGAGCUGGAGCGGCUGCAGGCGGAGAACGCGGCCGAGUGGGGCAAACGCGAGCGCCUCGACACGGAGAAGCUGGCGCUCGAGCGCGACAACAAGAAGCUGCGCCUGCAACUGGAUGAUCUCGAGGAGCAGCUGUCCAAGCGCAGCAAGCAGACGGCGAGCGCCAGCGACGCUGACUUGCGCUCAGUGCAGGCCCAGCUCUACGAGAAGAACAAGGAACUGUGUGACCUCCGGCACGCGUACGGGAAGCAGAGGAAGGCGCAGGCGGACGUGGCGGCGGAGCUGGCUCACGCUCAGCGCCGGGCGGAGCAGAGCGAAGCCGAGGUCAAGAAACUGCGGCAACGCGUGGACGAGCUGAAGAGGGAGGCAGCGCGCGCAGAGGAUGAGCUGGAUGAGUCCCAGAACCAGGUUCGCCGGCUACAGCGCUCGCUCGACGAACAGGUGGAGACCAGCGAGAACCUGCAGGUGCAACUAGAGCAUCUUCAAACACGGCUGAGGCGGCAGCAGACGGACUCACUCUUUGGAAAGAAGCGGAGUGGAGGACGCUACGAACCCAGCGAAGGUGGAGCUGCAGGGAGCGAAGAGGAUGACGGAAGUUCCAGCUGACGACAUGACUUGGAGGAGAGGCGGGUGGGGAGCACGAUGAUGUUAAAUUUCGAUUUAAAGCUUUCGUGACUGCAGGGAUUCAUCUUCUUGGUUCUUUCGGUAAA